GAGGAGGAUACCUAAUCGGAUACCUUGGAAUCUCGAAUUUGCAACUCCAAUACGGACAUUAAAGUCAGCAGCGAACCACCACCCCGGCGGAUGAUGAGUCUGACCAACCCGCCAUCCGUCGCUUCGGGCCCUGGCUCGGUACGGACGGGCACGCUGAAGAGAAGCGUUCAGGCAGCCUUUCUUGCAAACGCUCUCGUCCGUAACUGCCGUUCACUUUUUGCCCCCUUGGCUACCCAGUUUUUGCUCUUUUUUGCGGCUUGCCUGACUCGAGUUGAAUGUCAAUGUGUCGUUCGGAAUAGCAACCCGAGAGUCAAGCGACAGACAUCAGGUGCAACAAGUGAGCGAGCAUAGCAGCGGCUAAAGACAGAUUGGAUGAGGAGUGAAGCAAAAGGCAUACUUGACACUUCAGACUCUUGGUGAGAUACAGAGUACACUCCGGACGGACACAGAGUAUU